AUGCUCCCCUGUGCUGCUGUUGUGUCCCACGCAGGGCACGGCGGUGUGAACCAGCUCGGCGGGGUGUUUGUAAACGGCAGACCCCUCCCGGACGUGGUGAGGCAGCGGAUCGUGGAGUUGGCCCACCAGGGCGUCCGGCCCUGCGACAUCUCCAGACAGCUACGGGUCAGUCACGGCUGUGUCAGCAAAAUCCUCGGCAGCUAUCAGAAGGCAUUUCAGAGGUACUAUGAAACCGGCAGUAUUAAACCCGGAGUCAUUGGUGGCUCCAAACCAAAGGUUGCAACGCCGAAAGUGGUGGAUAAAAUUGCUGAAUAUAAGCGCCAGAAUCCAACCAUGUUCGCUUGGGAGAUAAGGGACAGACUACUGGCUGAGGCCGUCUGCGACAACGACACUGUCCCCAGCGUUUCAUCCAUCAACAGGAUUAUCCGCACCAAAGUCCAGCAGCCUUUCCACCCGUCCCCUGACGGAUCUGUUACGCCACUCUCUACGCCCGGCCACACCAUAGGUGAGUGUGAACAUAUACUGUACAUACACACACACACAAUAACUCAGCUUUCUCCAUCAGUGCCCAGCACAGCCUCGCCCCCUGUGACCAGCGCCUCCAACGAUCCCGUAGGAUCCUACUCCAUCAACGGCAUUCUGGGUAUCCCCCGCUCCAACGGCGAGAAGAGGAAACGAGACGAUGUUCUCUGGAGUGGCAACCACUUGGAUGGAAGGAAAAUAGGACAUUAUGGCUCUGAUGGCUCAGGCCCCGGCAGCGACUCUCAGGGCAGUGUGGAGAGUUUAAGGAAGCACCUGCGAGCAGAUGCCUUCACCCAGCAGCAGCUGGAGGCCCUGGACCGUGUUUUUGAACGUCCUUCUUAUCCUGAUGUCUUCCCCACUUCAGAACACAUCAAACCUGAACAGGCAAAUGAAUACUCACUCCCAUCCCUGAACGCUGGCCUGGAAGACGUGAAGCCGAGCCUUUCCACCAGCGCCAGCUCCGACCUCGCCUCCAGUGUCUCACAGAGCUACUCUGUUGUGACAGACUCUCACCCAUCAUAUCCACCGUCCAUGUGUGUAAAGCGUGAGCCCCAUGAGGCGUCCUUUGCCCCCUUCACCCCCUCCUCUGUUGGGGACUCUGAUCUAGCUGACAUCUUGCCCCACCAGUCCAGCCUCUCUGUAGAUGCCUCUACUCCCAGCUACCGUGCCCAUGCCCAUGGCUCCUGCUACAGCCAGUAUGCCAGCCAGCCCUUUAUAGCAGGUCGAGACAUGGCCAGUACCACCUUACCUGGCUACCCGCCUCAUGUCCCCCCCACAGGACAAGGUAGCUACCCCACCUCCACACUCGCUGGAAUGGUUCCUGGAGGAGACUUUUCUGGAAACCCUUACUCUCAUCCACAAUACACCACUUACAAUGAAGCGUGGCGGUUCAGCAAUCCAGCAUUACUAAUGCCGCAUCCCGUGGCUCCGCACCUCCCACUGCUGCCACUGCCUACGACCGCCACUAGUUACCAUGGAGACCAGCUCAAACUGCAGGGCCAGGGUUUCGGCCUCCAUAUUGUCCCCGUCUGAGAAACACUGAGGUCAAAGGGAAGCGUGGUGGAAUCCUAGAGGAAACCCCGUGAUGUUGCGUGAUGUGGAGGAAGGAUCAGCAAAGUUGACGCCAGUGCAUCUAGCCCUACUUCAGCGUUACACACUUGUGGGUCACAAAGGGCCCCGUGGGCAUUCAGAACUCACCCAUCAUGCCCUCAA